ACCAUGACCGGCAAAACACAGACCAGUAAUGUCACCAAUAAGAAUGAUCCCAAAUCCAUCAACUCGAGAGUCUUCAUUGGUAAUCUUAAUACAGCCAUUGUCAAAAAAGGAGACAUAGAAGCAAUCUUUGCAAAGUAUGGAAGAAUAGUUGGCUGUUCAGUGCACAAAGGUUAUGCAUUUGUACAAUACAUGAGUGAGAGGCACGCAAGAGCUGCUGUGGCAGGGGAAAAUGCCAGGAUCAUUGCAGGACAACCAUUGGACAUUAACAUGGCAGGGGAGCCAAAACCAUACAGACCUAAGCUGGGAACUAAGCGACCACUUUCUGCUCUCUACAGACUUGAAUCAAAAGAACCGUUCCUUUCUGUUGGUGGUUAUGUCUUUGAUUAUGAUUAUUACAGAGAUGAUUUCUACAGUCGGUUAUUUGAUUACCACAGCCGGGUUCCUGCCCCACCUCGUGCUGUGAUUCCGUUGAAACGCCCACGAGUAACAGUCACAGCAACUCGCAGAGGAAAAGGAGUCUUCUCCAUGAAAGGGACAUCAAGGUCUAUAUCAAGUGGAGCUUCUUCAUCAGGAUCAAAAUUGAAAUCAGAUGAAUUGCAGACAAUCAAGAAGGAAUUAACGCAGAUCAAAACAAAAAUUGAUUCUUUGCUAGGGAGACUGGAGAAGAUUGAAAAGCAGCAGAAAGCUCAAUCAGAAAUCCAAAAGAAGCAAAUAGAAGACAGUGUAGAGUUGAUCCAAGAAGAAUGCAUAUCAGAGAAUGCUGACAACUCAACAGAAGAGCCUAUUGAAGGAGGGCUGGAUGGGGACGGAGAAGAAAUGACAGACGGGAUAGAGGAAGAUUUUGAUGAUGAUGGCAGUAAUGAGCUGUUUCUACAGAUCAAAUGAAUUGGGACUCUUACACAACCUUUUUGGAAGCUGAGAAGAUAAUUCAUAGACUUCCCUGUGUGAAAAUGUAAACUACAGUUUCUUGUCAGCUCAUAACAUCUUUGACUCAAUUUGUAUGAAGAACUGAAUUUACUUUUGGAAAUGGAGAACGCCAUUCAAAAUUUUAAAACAUGUUUAAAAAUAUGCGAUUGUCAAAUUUUUAUGGUUUAGACUGUAAAUGUGUUUCUCCUGGCUAAUCAUUGGUAUUUUUUUUUAAUUUUGAUGUCAGAUAGCCAAUGACUUGUAUAAUAUGAAGGACAUAUUUAAAGCAAAAGAAAUACUGUAUACAAAUGUAUAUUUGUAAAAGCUAUUUUUAUGAUUAGCAUGUUUUAUGUUCAUAUUUACAGUCAAGUGAUAUUGCACUUAAAUGUUUACAGCAUA